AUGAAGGGGCGCCCCGUCGAAGAGCUCGUCUACGAGUGCAUGUUCCCCAAGCCAAAGUCUAACGACCCAAUACACUUCAGCGCCUUCCUCCAGCGCUACCUCAUCCCCGAGGUCCGCCAGGAGACGCAUUCCUUCUACGGCCACCUCGAGACCCAGGAGGCCAAGUACCCCGGCCUCGACUACAACCACAAGACGCACCGCAUCCGCCUGAGCCGCUGGCCCUGGCACCGCCGCCUCUUCCGCGCCUUCAACAACCUCGACCUCACCCCCAACGAGAUUGCCGGCCUGACCAAGUGGGAGGGCACCAAAUGGGCCAAGGAGAAGUUCGAGGCGGAGCAGGGCAUCGUCAUCCGCGACACGACCGACGAGGGCUUCCCCGACUGGACCGAGAUCCCCGACUACACCAGCCGCUCCAACAGCCUCAGCGAUGAGCAGCAGCACGUCGGUACGAGCACGAUCCGCGGCCUGGGCAUGCUGGACGACGAAGACGAGGACGAGGACGAAGAUGACGAGACGGACGGGGAGCUCGAGAGCGUUGGCGUCGAGCUGAACGCGCGCCUUCGCGCCCAGGCGGCGAGGCGAGAGGCUGGUGAGACGUCGGCUGUCCUGGACGAGGAGUGGGAGCAGUGGCUCAAGCACGCCAUCGAAUCCGGCGAACUGACAAUCAUCACCGACCGCAUUACAGACCAGAUGUACCACAGGGCCGCCACGAGCUCCUCCGUCAUCCCCGCAGCCCUCGUUCCCCCCAGCAUGCUCAACGCCGCCCGCGCUGGGCAGUGGUCCGAGAUCCCCGAGCUGCUCCAGCCCGUCCUGCGCCGGACCAUCGACGCCGAGGACUUGGGCAGCACCAGCAGCGGCAGUGCCGGGACACAGACCCCCAGCGACAGGUCUGCCACGCCGUCGACGACUUCCUCCUCUCGGCUCCCUUCGCUUGACGAUAGCGCCCUGUCGCGCGCGCCGUGGGUGCAGCGACGUUCGAUUUCAGGCCUCCGCCUCCCAGGCGGCGAGGCAGGCACUACAACGCGGACUGCCGAAGCAUCGGGGGCCUAA